AUGCCCUCUAUCACAAACUUCAACCACCAACCACUAAGUCUUCGUUGGAACCGUGACAUGUUCCAUGGAGGUGUAACAGCCGAUAGUGGCGAGAGUACAAAUUCGUCAACACCCACUCAUAGUGAGGCAGUCACCCAUGCGACUGAUUCUUUCCCUCAUUCCCAAAGCGAAGAAGGCAAUACAACUCAGCCCAGUAUUAUUUAUAUUCGACCUAAAGCAAACAGCAGACCUUGGUAUCUUAUCGGUUUUAAAAGCGAACUGCGUGAUACAUUCAGUCAUCCAGGCACUUCUGAAAAUGCUGAUAUCCACAUCAGCUCUUUCAAUCAGUUUUUACGAGAGGCUUUGACUGGACAUGUCAAACAAUCACGAGCACGAUCACGAUCAGAAGACGGAAGUAUCAAUGAAUCACAAGAAGAUCUCGAAAGAUAUUCCAAGGAUGCUUGCCAAAAAUUGGCUGGUCUCAGUAACGGUACUUGCACAGGUACUCUUGUCAGUGAAGAAACCAUCAAGACUUUGAAGAAGAUCGAACAGAAAAUGGAAAAGGAAGGUACCGUUGGAUGUCUCGUUUAUCCCACCGCCAGUACCUCUACUUCUUCAACAGGUCUUUCUGGCACAGCAAAAUUGUAUGUCGACUACGGGAGCUGCAUUAACAACCCUGAAUUACUAGAAAACUUACGAUCUAGCGGCAAGGCAGCUCAUAUUAUACGAGUGAACAAUCCUGGACAAAGUCGCAGAGAAUACGUGGCAGGUCAGUUGAGGCAACAAUUUAUGUCAAGCAUAGAUUGCUCUCAGAAUGUUUUUGAGCAAUUGGUUUCAUGUGAGGAUAUCUGA